AUGAAUUCCAGAAAACUGCUCUCAGAAGCACGGAGAAUGUUUCCUGCCACUAAAGUACGCUGGCAGCAGCCAUCACGGAUUCUUAUCGUGGAUGUCACAUCACCUUCCUGGACCAACACCUGCUCUGUGCUUUCUGAAGCUCUGGAAAACACCCUGUGCUUAGCCUGCAGCUGGACUGGCCCCUGCCGGGUGCCCCUGCUGAGCCUCUACGUGGUGCAGAGCCAGCAGGAGUGUCUGCUGCCCUUCACGCAAGUGAGAGAAAACUUUGCACGAAUUCAAGCCUGCAUUUCAGAGCUCCGUGCGCUGCCAAGAGAAGGCUGCUUCCCCCAGGGAGGCAGUGGAGUGGUGCAAGCUGUGCAGGAUGGAUUGCAGCAGUUCAAGCAGUACAGCAGACACAUAGCAGGAGGCUCCACAAACAGUUUUGUUGAGAUCACAAUUUUGACUAGCCAGUCCAGCAGAGAAAUGGUGAAGCAGCUGGAAAAGAAGUUAAAAGAUGUAGACCUUGUGAGUCUGCGAAGAAUACAAGUCAUCGAGGUUUUGAAGAGGGACUUUCUGGAGCCUGAGGCUGUGGAACAGUGCAUGCCAGCAGAAGAGCCCAGCAGCAAUGAUAUUGCAAUCCUGGGAAUGGACAUUGAUGUGCAAACUGUAGAGGACAAUGUCAUCAGCCUGGAGAUGCUGUUUAAAAUGUGGCUACAUGACUAUGGCACAGAGAGAGAACAUCUCCACCUCUUCCUUCCAUCAGGAGGCUUCAGCCAGGCCACUGCACCCAAGACCACCAUAAUAUGCCUGAAGUGUGAUCUGCAGGAGAGAUUGCUCGACCCAGCGCUCCUUUCUGGGGCUGUUGAUGGCACCAUGAGAGCAGCAGAUGUGACUUCACCCUGCCAGAUGGCAGCCUGGCCAGCCACCGUGCUGUAUAAACUCCAGGUUGUAAAGGCUCUGAAGUCUGAAGGGGUCUGUGAGUCUGUGUUGUAUGGACUGCCCCUCAUCAUCAAGCCCACAAGCUGCUGGCAGCUAGACUGGGAUGAACUGGAGACAAACCAGCACAGCUUCCAUGCUCUAUGUCACAGUCUCAUGAGAAGGAAGUGGAUGCUUUUGGCCAAACGUGAGCCACAAAACACUGGUCCCAGCUGGAACAUCAUGGUGCAUUCCUACUACAUCCUUGUCCCUUCCGACUCAGCCACCCUGCUGGUCAGAGCAGUGGCCACCAGAGAGCUCCUGCUGCCCUCAGCCUUCCCAGCCCUCCUGGCUGAACACCCUGAGGGGGAGCGUGGCCCCGUAGAGAGUGCCCUGAACAGCUUGGAAGUGGAAGUUGCUUAUAACCCCUUGCACCUUAAGAGCAACCUCUACAAAUACCUGAAGAGCACAUUGUACAAACCUCAGCCCAGGCAGCAGGCCCAGCCCAGGGAGCAGCGCCCGGAGCGGCACCAGCCCAAGCAGCAUCCCAGCAGAGCCAGGGCCACAGUGGCGCCCCUGCGGAUGGCUCCUCCUCCUGCCCAGGCAUUCAGAGCAGCAGCGGGGAGGAGAGAUGCCUGCGAGGACUCACUGUUCCCUCAAGAGUAUGAGGAGUUCCUGCAGUGA